ACCAAUAUGGCCGGUGGCGGAUAUCCGCCUGGAGAAGUAUGGUGGCGCACAUGCUGUGAGAAGUGCAGGCAGGAAGCAUCAGGAUGGCUGUGGAAGUACGGCUGCCAGUGGCACAAAAGCGAGUCAGCGAGGAGUUGGGAUCGCAGGGCGGCCUGCAUCUAGUGACCCCCGGGGACACCAUCUCCACGGACUCGGGAUUCAUGAGGGGCCAUGGAACUUACACAGAAGAUGAUAAGCUGGUGGCCUCGGUGGCUGGUGUCGUCGAGAGGGUCAACAAACUCAUAUGUGUCCGAGCCCUGAAAGCCAGGUACAACGGAGAAGUUGGGGAUAUUGUUGUUGGCCGUAUUACAGAGGUGCAACAGAAGAGAUGGAAGGUGGACACUAAUAGUCGGUUGGAUUCUGUGUUACUUCUUUCUGCUGUUAAUCUUCCUGGUGGGGAACUGAGGAGGAGGUCAGCCGAGGACGAGUUGGCCAUGCGGAGUUACCUGCAGGAGGGAGACCUGAUCAGUGCAGAGGUCCAGGCUGUGUACUCAGAUGGAGCAUUAUCCCUGCACACAAGGAGCCUUAAGUACGGUAAACUCGGGCAGGGGUUGCUGGUCCAGGUGUCCCCUUCGCUCAUCAAGAGACGUAAGACGCACUUCCAUAACUUGACUUGCGGGGCCUCUGUCAUCCUGGGGAACAAUGGAUUCAUCUGGCUCUGUCCCACCCCUGAAGAGACUGAGGAAGAGGCUGGGGGCUUUAUCACCAACCUAGAGCCUAUAGCGUUAGCCGAUCGGGAAGUGAUUUCUCGUCUGAGGAACUGCAUCCUGGCCUUGGCUUCUCAGAAGAUGUUACUGUAUGAUACCAGCAUCCUCUAUUGCUAUGAAGCUUCAUUGUCCCACCAGGGCAGGCUUCCUGUCAGGGAUGUGCAGCACUACAGUAUCGCUUGGAGGCACCAGAACAGUUCCAAAGCCAGGCAGGCUGCAUAGGUCGGCUCUGACAUGACGGAUGGAUCAAAGAGUUGUUAAAGGUGGAGGUGAUGGAAGACAUAGUCUUGGAAACCCGACAGCGCCUCCUGGAGCUGGAAGGUUAAUUCUCGCUGGGGGGAAAUCUUCAGUCUUUGACAAGUCCAUUAAAGUACUCUGUUUAUUUCCACUCCAUUAAACAUCCAGCGUCAUGGGCAGUAAUAGAAGGGGCCACAAUGGCAGCUGUGCAUGGGUAUAACUUAUGGCUGACCUCCUGCUCUCUGCUGCUUUUUUGUUGGAGGAUGUUGCGAGUUUUACUUAAAGAACAACAACAAAAAACGCAAUAAAGUUGCAUCUUUUUUUUUUAUUCUGAACGAAGAGCAGGGUUGCAGCCCUUUUGUAUAGCAAAUUCUCUAUUAUGUGUUUAGUUACAUUUGUAUCAGCAAAUCACAGUUUUGAUAAGCAAUCUCUGUUUAGGAAUUUGUUUACUGCAUGUGUAUCAGAGCUCUCGACCUCUUUCUAUUUUUCUUGUACCUGUGGUUGCUAUGAACCAGUUUACCCAGUUUUGACUUCAAACCACUGCCUGGUUGCUAGGGAGAUGCAACUGAGAGGCCUUAAUUAGAAAGAUAAUGAAUAAGUGUAUCUUCACCGAACAAUGCAUAUAUAGGACCCAUUAUCCGCAAACCCGUUAUCCAGAAAAUUACAUAACGGCCGUCUCCCAUAGACUCCAUUUAAUCCAAAUAAUCCAAAAUUUAAGAAUUGAUUUCCUUUUUCUCUGUAUUAAUAAAACAGUAGCUUAUACUUGAUCCAAACUAAAAUAUAAAUAAUCCUUACUGGAAACAACACCAGCCUAUUGGGUUUGUUUAAUGUUUACAUGGUUUUCUUGUAGACUUAAGAUCCAAAUUACGGAAAGAUCCCUUGUCUGGAAAACCCCAGGUCUCAAGCAUUCUGGAUAACGUCCCAUAUAUGUACUUGUUUAUCUGCUGGAGUCCGUGAACCUCCCUCUCCAUCCCCCUAUUUGAAAACUGGUCAGAAACAGAAGAUGAAGGAAAAUAAUGAAACUAUGAAAAAGACCAACUGAAAAGUUGUGGAGUAGGCCAUUCUAUUACAUGCUAAAAAAAUCAACUUAAAGAUUGACUUAAAGCUCUGAGAAUCAAAGCUGAGGCUUUAUCUGCAAACUGUAGAACCAGGCUGCAAUUGCCCCUGGGUGGGUCUUCAUAGUCUUAGCAUUUACCAAAUCAGCGUCCGAAUAUCACUUAUUUGUCACUGAAUGGGGGGGGGAGAGGGUAAUAUAGAUAAAGCAAAAACCACAAGCUCAUGGGAGCAACACAUUCCCAAAUGGCAUCUCCCAUUUCUUUAUAUUUUUUUUUAAUUAUUUGCUGCCUCCUUGUUUACAGCUUUGAAAAAACAAAUAUAAAAAAAUGUUGUUAUUGUAA